UCUUGUUCUGGGCUAGCGGAACGCGAGGCUGCUCUGAUGGCAGGCUGCUCCCUGUCAACAACAUAGACACAGCUGCACCUGGACCCGGGUUCACCCGCUUUACCGUCUGCUUCUGCCAGAUCCUGUUGGUGUAGCCAAACAAGGCUGCAGUGUUAUGGAUAAACCAUGAAGGCCCAAUUACAAGUCACAGUGCUUUCAGCCAAGCUGAAGGAAACCAAAAAGAACUGGUUUGGUCCCAGCCCUUAUGUUGAGGUGUCUGUGGAUGGCCAAUCUAAGAGGACUGAGAAGUGCAACAACACACACAGUCCCAAAUGGAAGCAGGCUGUCACAGUAAUUGUUACUCCGGUCAGCAAGCUGAUAUUUCGUGUUUGGAGCCACCAGACACUGAAAGCAGACAUCCUGUUGGGAAUGGCCAUGCUGGAGAUCAGUGAGACCCUUAAGGCUAACGACCUGAAAAUAUGUGAGGUAGUGCAGACGCUGCAGCUGAGCUCAGACAGAGACCCUCAGGAUGUUGUAGGUGAUCUGUCCGUCUGUCUGGACGGCAUGCAGGUCGACCCAGAAACCUUUGCCUCGGCAGAGAGAGAACCUGUUACUGUUCCAAAUGGAAUUGUAAAACAAAAUGGAGACAACGGCAACAGGUCUAGCAGAGACACAUCCCCGUCCAGUGACUCAGAGGAGUGGGUUAUGGUACCUAAUGGUCAUGCCGUCAAUGGUACGGGUUCUCCUUCCCGAUCCCCAGGGGGCUCCAACGCCUCGCGACCUCCCAGACCAGCCCGACCUCCUCCUCCUACCCCUCAUAGACCAGAAGCCUCACCAACCUCUUCAAGCAGUUCCUCCCCUAGUGAGCUGAGUGAAGCUCCAGCAUCUGAUGGCUCCUCUCAGGCGUCAGCUAGUGGAUGUUCAAAUCAGCAGGAUGACUCAGGCGUAGCAACAGCAGCAGCAGCAGCAGCAGCAGCAGCAACAACAGCAGCAGCAGCAGCAGCAGCAACAGCAACUCCAACAGCAACAGCAGGUUCUUCACAGACAGCAAGUGGCCCCAAACCAGGGACUUCUGCCUCAGCAGCUCCGGCCACAACUCCCAGAAUCACCCCCAUGAGCACCGGCCCCUUACCACCAGGGUGGGAGCAAAGAGCAGACCAGAACGGACGGGUGUACUUUGUGGAUCACAUCGAGAAAAGGACAACCUGGGAAAGGCCCGACCCUCUGCCAUCAGGGUGGGAGCGCAGGGUGGACCCGAUGGGUAGGGUGUACUACGUCGACCACAUAACCAGAACUACUACGUGGCAACGGCCCACGCAGGAGUCGGUGCGUAACUAUGAAGAGUGGCAGCACCAGCGCAGCCAGCUGCAGGGAGCCAUGCAGCAGUUUAACCAGAGGUUCAUCUAUGGGCUCCAAGACCAGUUGGCAGCCACGGCCAACAAAGAGUUUGACCCGCUGGGACCCCUGCCACAUGGUUGGGAGAAGAGAACAGACACCAACGGCAGAGUGUAUUUUGUCCAUCACCCGACUCGGGCGACACAGUGGGAGGACCCCAGGACACAAGGGCUGCUGAAUGACAAGCCCCUGCCAGAGGGUUGGGAGAUGAGGUUCACAGUAGAUGGUAUUCCCUACUUUGUAGACCACAACAGACGAACCACAACCUACAUUGACCCUCGCACAGGGAAGUCCUCACUUGAGAAUGGGCCUCAGAUAACCUAUGUCAGGGACUUCAAAGCCAAAGUGCAAUACUUCAGGUUCUGGUGUCAGCAAUUAUCGAUGCCUCAGCACAUUAAGAUUAACGUCUCGAGGAAAACCUUGUUUGAGGAUUCAUUUCAACAGAUCAUGAGCUUCCACCCUCAAGAUCUAAGGCGCCGCCUGUGGAUCAUUUUUCCUGGAGAGGAAGGUUUGGACUACGGAGGUGUAGCCAGGGAAUGGUUCUUCUUGCUCUCUCAUGAGGUACUGAACCCCAUGUACUGUUUGUUUGAGUAUGCUGGCAAGGACAACUACUGUCUGCAGAUCAACCCUGCGUCCUACAUCAACCCUGACCACCUCAAGUACUUCAAGUUCAUAGGACGCUUCAUCGCCAUGGCCUUGUUCCAUGGAAAAUUCAUCGACACAGGUUUCUCGCUGCCCUUCUACAAGCGGAUUCUGAACAAACCUCUGGCCCUCAAAGACCUGGAGUCCAUCGAUCCAGAGUUUUACAACUCACUCAUCUGGAUCAAGGAUAAUAACAUAGAGGAGUGCGGACUGGAGAUGUUCUUCUCUGUUGACAAAGAGAUCCUGGGGGAGGUCACCACCCACGAGCUGAAACCAGAUGGAGGGAACGUCCAAGUAACUGAGGAAAAUAAGGAGGAAUACAUCAGGUUGGUGGCAGAGUGGAGGCUGUCCAGAGGUGUGGAGGAGCAGACUCAAGCAUUCUUUGAGGGCUUCAAUGAAGUCUUACCCCAGCAAUACCUUCAAUACUUUGAUGCUAAGGAAUUAGAGGUGAUGCUUUGCGGGAUGCAGGAGAUAGACCUGGUGGACUGGCAGAGGAGCACAAUCUACAGACAUUAUGCACGCAGCAGCAAACAGAUCCUCUGGUUCUGGCAGUUUGUGAAGGAGAUGGACAACGAGAAGAGGAUGAGACUGCUGCAGUUUGUCACAGGAACCUGUCGCCUCCCUGUUGGUGGCUUCGCUGACCUGAUGGGAAGCAACGGCCCUCAAAAGUUCUGCAUUGAGAAAGUGGGCAAAGAGAACUGGCUUCCACGAAGCCACACAUGCUUUAAUCGACUGGACCUCCCUCCUUACAAGAGCUAUGAGCAGCUGAAGGAGAAGCUCAUGUUCGCCAUAGAGGAGACGGAAGGCUUUGGGCAGGAGUGAAGCACCAAGAGACGGGAUGGAGCAGUGUGUGCUUGGAGGAGCCGUAUCCAUUUCAGACAAGAGAAAUGGAUUCUCAGAUUCUCCUUGCAGGCAGGAGCUGCUUUUGAAACUGGUAGAUGGAAAAACGUGCAAAUCUUUAUUUUCUAUAACAUUGUCAUAGGCAGUGAGAACUGUUUCCAAGCUGUUUCGUCGCAAAUUCCUUUUUUCCAACAAGACACUUAUGAAUCCUGCUCGUUCUGUUUUGCUUCUCACCUACAUGAUGCAUUCAACCCUAAUCCGGCGGAUCGCUCACCUAGUCAGCCCACUAUCAGGCAAUGAAGGCACGAGAGACGCUUUUCUCACCCUGUCAUGUCUGCACUCGCUCAAUGUUGCGCAAGUGCAGUUUCUACACGUAAAUCUGUGAAUUGUGCAGUAGUAACUUCUUAAGAACCGCCUUGUCAGGUUUAUGCACUGGAAUUAACAAUUCUAGAGGAAAGAACCAUAUAUGUGCGUUUUGACUUUUAAAAAAAAAAAAAAAAGGUUCAUAUCUUAAAGUACCAUCAGAGGCACAUAAAUGGUUUAGGGUCUUUUAGACUGAACUUUUAUUUUUCUUUAGUUGAAAGGAUGGAUGAAUGGACAGAUGUUUUUUUUGUUUUUUUUUAACUGACUGACUCCCGUAGCACAUACGCAGUUUCUUUAUUAACUUUGAUGAAUAUGAUCAUGCUUAUUGUAAUUAUAAUUUCCCUUAUUUCGAUAGGUUGAUUUCUGAACUUUAUAAUGAGUUGAAACUCCUGAACUAGUUUGCACAUAGUUAUGUAAGCAGGAAGUCGGUCGUGAUUGUUCUUAAGAGAGGUUGUAUUUUUAUGUGCAAUAGUUUUGUAGAAAACAAUUAUGCCAAUAAUGGAGCCAAACAGUGAUUUGUUUGAUCAUUUUAUAACACUUUGGUAAGUUUCAGCAUUUGCUAUUGAUUUAAAAUCUCAAUAUGAAAUAGAGAACAUUUGCAUGUUUGCAAGUGUAUUUGGUGAAACUUGUUUGGUUGUGAUUUGAUUUGAGAACUUUGCCUUCCCAAAGUGAUCUGUGCUGUAUAUAAAAUCAGCCUGUUUGACCACGAAUGGUCACUUAUUUUAGCAGUCAGGCAGACUGAAAAGAGUGAACUGUUUUUAUCGGUAAAUAUUAGCUGUUACUAAUGAAGUGGGAGCUUUAGGGUGCAUUGUGUAAAAGAGAACAAUGAUUUGUUGAACAAUGCCCUAGUCCCACUGAAAGGUAGCCAAUUCUCUGGUAGACGUCCAGAAUUAAGUAUUAUUCUAGAUCAACGAUGAAGAUACUGUUUAACGUGUUGAGUGACUAAUGCAGUUUAUGUAAAUAUGAUUACAGAGUAGAAAAUGUUCACCCAAGCAGUGGACCCCUUUGAGUUGCAGGCCUAAGUUGAUAAUUAAGAUUUGAAUUAAUGUAAUAUAAGUGGCCCUAGUUUUAUAGGGUGUUAGGUAUUCAGAUUUGUACAGUAUAAUAUUGUUAGUAUUUCACGUCUUUUUUUCCAAAAAUAGCUUCACUAACGUCAGAAUUAUAGUUUCUUUUUAGUAUCAGGUAGACUAUAACUUUAAGAAAAUGACUAUGGAACCAAUCUACCAAAGGAUUUUAUUUAAUUAUUUUUUGUAAAGCAUUUGACUUAAAGUGUGAUCAGUCCUUAACAAAAUUCUUACACAUUUCACAUCAGUGGUCACUAUUAAGUUGUUGAUUGUCCUUUAUCAUAUUAGUGGGUAACACUGUGACAUACAGAAAGGUAGCUCAGCUACUUCAAUCAUAAAUGCAAAAUUUGAACAAAAUUGAAAUCUGUAAAGUGAUAUUUUUUAACAACUUGUAUCUGUCAAAGCAUCAAGCUGUGUAGAAUGUCUGUGUGUGUGUGUGUUUUUAUUGGCAGUGUGGUGUAAAUUAAAUGGUAUACUUUCAAUGUGUAUCCAGAUCAUUGAAUAAUCUUCAUUACACAUUGAGUUUCAGCAAAUUUAGUUUAAGAUCCCAGUAAAAGCUAAACAGAUGUUGUGCUCAUGAAUUUGCCCAUGUAUGAACCUGGUGUCAAUGCUGGUACUACAGAAGACUAUCUUACAUUUAAGCCCUUACUGGCAGUAAUGCAAUAACAUGCAUACACAACUCACUGUCUACCUACUGGUGUGCAGACUUGUGAAGAGAUUAUUGUAAAAAAUACAAAAGGACACCUUGAUUUUAAAGAAAUAGAUUUGAAAUUAAAUGUUCACCGUUUAAUAUUUUAACAGAUUACUACUAAUUAACUUUGCACCUUGACACUCCAAACCGGUUGAAUUAAACACUUCACUGUUUAGUCACUGCUGUGUUCCAGAUCACGGAGCAGUUAAAUGUAUAGAAAUAUGCAAAAUAGUGUUUUAGUCGUACUGAUUGCAUUGUAAAUCAUGUUGAUAGUGUAAUCACUGUUUUUUUGAAGCUCUAACUUUUUUGAUAAGUGGAAGUCAAUGGUUGAAUAUACUAUUUAUUUGGAGGAUGGGAUUCAUGUAACAAUGGACUGGAUUGAUUGAGAAGAGUGAAACAGUAAUAAAAUGAUUUAAACACUGGGCUCCUGCAGGACACUUGUGAAGU